AUGGCUGUACCCUUUCCAAUCGAGGUCGGUGCACGAGGCACUGUUGGAUCCCUCAUCCAACAAGAGAUUGACUACUUCAGCAAACUUGAGUUGGCCAGCAAUGGAAUCCCCAAGAAACCUGAGUCACAGAUUACAGACAUCACAUCCACCAGUAAUGGCUUCCAACCCAAGUUUGGGUUUAUGAUCAUGGCAUCAAAGAAGAAGAAAGGGGGCACAACUAACAUUAGGCUUCUACCCAGCAUUUGUUCUCUAGUGGAGGCUGCUGAUAGUAAUCGACCCAAUGGAGUUCCUAACUUCUCUUACAGAAACCUGAAGACUGAUGUGAAAAAUGUAAAGCACUAA